GUCUGAGCCACUUCUGAUUGACUGCUGUAUCUGGGAAGCAUUCCGGGCAGCUUGUACAUGCCUGUUUCCACAGCUUCUGCCCAUCAUGGUCCUGUUGCUACAGGCAGCAGCAAUAAUCCUGCUGCUGGCCUUCCUGCCUGGAUCAGUCGCUACUCCAUCACGGCACCUGUGUGGCUCCAACCUGGUGGAUGCGCUUUACCUAGUCUGUGGGCCCAAGGGUUUCUUUUACUCCAACAGAAGCAAGAGGGACCUGAAGGCUUUGUUGCAUUUGCUCUCAAAUCUAGCGGAUUAUGAGGUAGUGGAGGCUGAUCCAUUAAAAGAGAAUGUGAUGAAGAUGAAGAGAGGGAUAGUGGAACAGUGCUGUCACAGGCCCUGCACCAUGUAUCACCUGGAGGACUAUUGUAGCUGAAACUCUCUCUGUGAACAAGCAUAAAUGCUAGGUGAACGUUCAAGAUUUUACAAAUAAAUUAUAAAGUGCAAGAA